CUGCUGCUUCUUUCCUUCCUUGCUGUUUCUGAAGUUAUUUUUUUCUUCUAAAAUCUGAGGCGUGUUGGGGAUCAGGUAGUAGGAUGGUAGCUCUGUGGGAGAGUAGGUGGACUCACUCCUCCUGCCUUUAUUUUUGUCCAUUUUUUGUUCAUUGCAAAAACAGAAGAUAGCUGCGGUGUGGGAGGAUGCUCUUGGCUGACGAGAGGGAUUACCAAAAAAGAACAAGACGGGUUCCUGAUUUUUUUUCUUUUCUUUUUUUCUCCCUUCCACAGCGUCUUUUGAUAGACAGCUAAUGAAGGCGCAGAUGGACCCUGGAGACAGAGAAUGAGGCCAAUUCAAGAUAGCAGCCCAAAUCCCCAAAUACUGACACUUCACAGCCGUUUUCCGACGACACAUCCCAAGCUGCUCUUUCAAAGCGGCUUAUUAAAAAUACAGCCGGAGCAGCUGUCUCCAGCCGACGUUUCCAAUCCUCCUGCGCCACCUGGAGGAAUGUUUGAAGAUACACGACCUAAGACCUGCUCUCUCCUCACAAAGCUGAUGGGGUUUGAACAGGUCUGCUGCAGCUGUCUGGUGAGGAAACGCGGCCUCGCUACAGAGUCCUCCCUGAAAGCAAGUUUGCACCCAGCAGACAAAGUGUGUUGUCACCCGAGUGUGCUGUGUUGUCGGAUGGACCAAAGGCAAACAGGGAAGAGCUGGAAGGAGUGCUGGAGAAGACAAACACGUUGGUCAAAGCCAGCUGGCAUGCAGGCAUAUUACUUACCCCAGUCCAGGCAGUUGGACAGAGAGACAGACAGACUCGCUCUGCUGACAGGACGAACAGGACGUCCAAGGUUUGGUCGCCACGGUAACACAGUUGUUAUUUAUGAGGGUGACACUGCAGUGUUACUCAGAAGUAAAUUAUGUCAUAUGUUUUAUUGUUGUCAGUGGAAGGAUCCCCCCCCCCUCUUUCGGUGA